GCCGCCGCCGCCGGGGGGGGGUGCGAUGCUGGAGCCGAUGAUGGACUCCUUUCGGCUGCGGGCGACCCUGCAAGGGCUAUGCCACUUCCUGGCCGAGGCCCCGCCGCUGCAGGUCUACCUCUGCACGGAAGGACGCAUCCUGGCCCACGCAGACGUGGACAUGUCUCUGCUGCUACCGAGAGAGCAGUGGCAGGGCCGCAGCACGUGCGAGUUCGGCAGCACAGGGAUGGAGGGAGACUUCCAACUCCACCUCCCCGGCGAGCCCCUGGCGGCACCGCAGAAGCGAGACAAGGAAGACGGUGAGGGGGGGGAGGAAGAGUCACAGAGCCCCCCGGUUGUCUCCAUCUGCGCCGAGCUGACGAGGGCUGAUUCCGAACCUGGACCCGGCGAUGAGCCUGUUGGGAACCCCGAUGCCGACGGGCUGUGGGCAGCGACGGCGGCAGCGGUGGCCACGGGCAGGACCGAGGGCUCAGCCAGCGCGAGCGGCGUGAGGACAUGGUCCCGCCUUGCGGUGGCUGGGAGGAGAGUUGGGCGGGCUGUAGCCAUCACGGCGGCGCUGCAGCGGCUAGAGCUCAGGCCGGUUGAUCACCCAGGCAGCGGAGGCGGUUUGGCGCUGAGCAACCGCGUCAAUGGCGGCGGCGGCGUUCUAGUGGGAAUCACUGACGCCACGGGAGAGUUGUUGCUGUCUGGAAAGGCCGGCGGUGCGGCCACGGCAACCGAUGCAAUCGCGGGAGUGGCUCACCCUAACCCUUCCGCCUCCCUCCGGGAAGGCUUCCGAGUGGUCAGCUGCGGCGAGCGGGGGGAGGUAGACACUGAAGACAGCGACUUCCUGGAGACCAUCACCUGGGAGUGGGAAGGGGAGCCGCCGAACCCUGAAAGGGAGGGGGGCGUCGGUGGGGUCCUUGCUGCCGUCCGGGUGCUCGGCGGCUCUGGAGUCCGAUACGGUGACGUCACGAUCGCGACGGGCGUGGUGCCGUGGCCCUCCUCGGCCUGCGGCGGUCGGCAGCACGUCAACGUCAAGCUCGUGUCCCCCGAAGGGAACGAGGUGGGCUCGUGCCGCGUCUGCUUGUCGUUGACCGAAACAGACGACGGCAACGGCAGCGACGGCCCAGCCGGGGAGGGGGCCGAAGGCGGUGCGGUUUUCAAACAGGAGAGCGAGCAGUUGGAAGACGAGGAGGAGGAGAAAAGAGAAAACAGCUUCGGCCUUGAAGGGGCAAGGGGGGAUAGGUCAGGGGUUCGGGGGGGUGCCGCGGUUAGGACAACGGGGGUGCAGGCGGAGGAGCCGCCAGUGGUCGGGAGUGGGGUAGUGGCGGGGGCCACGGUGCCGCGCAGUUAUCGGAUGUCCAUCAACCUGGCAUCGGUCAAGGACCUCGAGAACGCGGCUUACGUAGUGGCCUGCUACCACUACCCCUACUUCGGGACUUCGGCUCCGGUGCGGACCUCUCUGGUGUGGGCGGCUCCCCGGAUGGACACGCCUCUCUCGAACUCGUGCUGCACAUUCUCCUUCGGGAUGAGCUUCGACCGACUCGCUGCUACCGUGGAGGACAGAAGUCUGGUCGUUUCGCUUCGGAAUAAGGACCGUUUCAAGGAGGAGGAGGUUGGGGUUGUCACCAUCCCCCUCCAGGAUGUCGUGAAAUCUCCCCCGCAGUACUUCCGCUGCAGGGAUACCGGCAAGACUUUCACGUCCAUGGCCGGCUUCAAAGCGCACCUCAAGUCCCGGCAAAGGGCGGGCGUCACCACACCCGGGGAUGCCUCUCGAUCAUCUCCUGUGGAGGUCAAGGUCUUGGACCGAUACCUGUCUGUGGCGAGCGUCAACAUCGAGCGCGAUAAUGAGGACCAAGUGGCGACAUCGGCGCCGCCGUCUGCCCUGCCAUCACGGCUGUGCUCCCUUCGUGUGAUCCUCCUCCUGGAAGACAUGGGGCCUACUGGUGACCCCGAUGAUCAGGCGAACCUUCCAGGCUUAGGCCAGACCAUCGACCCCAUGCGCCCAUCAUCAUCACCACCAAUGCCACUAGUACCGUCAACUGCGCAAUCACCAGAGGCGAGGUCUGUAGGGACAGGGACGGCGACAGGGGCAGGGGCUGGACUACCACAGGCAGCGGCAGAGGCGAAGGCAGCGAGGGCCGAGGCGGAGGUCGAUCUCGAACGUGCUCGAGUGGAGUGGGAGAGAUGGAGAGUCGUAGAGGAAGACAAGUUCGCCAAGCGCCUGCGGGAAAAGGACGAAGCUCUCGAGCAGAAGUGGGAGGCGAGGGAGGCGACCAGACGACGAGAGCUGAGCCGCGCACAAGCCGAUUACUCGAAGGUGGACCUAGAGCGAAUGAAGGUGAAAGCCUUGGAAAAGCAAGUUGCCAGCCAAUCCAAGUCUUUGGAAGAUGCCCGUGCUAGGGUAGCUGCCACAGACGAGGAUCUGGAACGUUUCAGACAGCAGCAGAGAAGAACGCCGGAGGGAGGCCUGAGGCAGGAGGUGUAUCGGUUGGGGGCAGCCAAGGCCGAAGCGGAGGCACAGAUUGAGCGAGAGCGGAGCUUGAAGAACAAGGCCUUGCUAGAGAAGGAGGAGUACCGAGCCAACAUCCACAAGCUGGCAAGGGCUCUCAGGCGUCAUCAGGAGCGUGAGACGACCUGCGCGCGUCGUGAGAUGGAGCAGCUCCGGCUGGAGUACCUGGCAAGGGAGGAACGGUUCAUGCUGGACGGCGAUAGGAACGAGCUACGCACCAUAAAGCAGGAGCUAGAUGAACUCAGACACGUGAGCUUGGUACAAGAAGCUCAGGCCGGCCUAGCGAAGAUCAACCCUAGCACCAUCGCAGCUGCUACCCCGACGAUCACGCAACCCCCUCUUGUGGACAUCAGGGGGCCACGCAGAGGAGAAUCGCCCCCCUCCACCAACCCGGCGUUCCCCGACCCGGGGCCUUCGCCCAGCCUUCCCCCUAGACCCACUCCUGCCCCUGCUCAUGUUUCCGUUCAGCAGCGGCGGGAAUCAGGGCUGGCCUUUCACGGGGGCUCCGUGGAUGCUGAUGUUGAUUGUGGAGGGGGGGCUUCGGCGUCCGGCCCGCUUGGAGGCGACGUUGACGGAUCUACGGAGAUGAGGCGACUGAUAGAGUGGCGGGACGAGCUGCUUGCCACCGGGAUGUACACGCCGCAGAACCCCAUCGUGAGCGAGCUAAACCGCCGCAUCUCCUUGGCGGGGGGGAGCGUCGGCGGGCGGGGCUCGGGCCUGCUGCAGAGAGAGGAGUGAAGUCCGAUGCACAACCGUAUGUACCCGAACGCAGGUCGUGGGGGUGAUCACUGCAGUGCGUUGAGCAUUUUGGCCUGUAGAGGCAGAAGCUGCAGAAGGCAUUCGGACGCGUGGACUGGGUGACAAGGCUCAUCAGCCCAGCCAAUGCCUACAGUAUGUACCUUUCUCAGGUCGUGCUUUCUCUGCUCUCGGUGUGGCGUUAGGGGCAGGAAAGCUCGGCUUCCUCGUGUACAACUGUAGCUUGAAUUAUGCCGUGUGAAUAUGUAACUUGUUCUCUUGCAUGUACAGUACAGUUGUAGGCACCCACUCCAACACUGUGUUGGUUACAGCAUGCGAUGACCAUGCACCAGAUGACAAUUUUGGUGUUUCGUGUAAAUUUUCUAGCUGCAUUGGUCCUGCUCUGGCCGUCCGCGAACCCUUGCUGCCAACGGAAUGUACUCGUCGUACACUUGGUUCGGCCAAUCGGUCCCUUCCACUUCCGUUUCCCCCCUGGGUUGGUCUAUUGUGCAGCAGCAGCGAGCGUUGGUGUACAGACACGUACCUGCGUUGGCAUUACCACUCCCUAGCGGUCGUUGGUAUGCAGACAAUUUGCCAGCUACGUUGGCGUUACUACGCUAGUUUCCCCCUGUCGUGCUUAACCUCUGGGUGCUGAGUUGUCGUUGACCGAAGGAAUGGUAAUUCUUUCCGAUACCUGCAAGGAAGAGAGAUGGGGCGGGUUGAAGGUGGAGAAGGAAAACAGGAGGACCAUGAUGGUGUGGGUGGCUGUAACGUCGAUCACCGAGGAUGCGU